GACUACGGAUACAUACCUAAUACAGUGUACGGACAAGACAUUACCUUGUCCUGAGAAUGAUACGUCACCACAACAGUCCUCCUCCCAGUGGUCUCCCCUGGCCAGCUGUCAUCGAUGCCUUUGGGUUAUCGAUUAUUAGCUGAAUUUUACGCCUAGCUGGAUAUUUCGACUUAGGAAAGGUUGCUUGGUUGAGCUGUGGAGUGUGAAGCAAGAUGUUUCCGUUGGCAACUUAGGCAGCGAUGGAUUAGCUCAAGUUCCUCGGCUUAUGACGCCUGAACGAUGUCGGAUCAAAAACGAGAAUUCCGCGCCACAGACGAGCGCAGCAGGCGCACCUCCUUGCCGCAGGAGGAUGCUAUCCGUAGCGAACGCCGCGUUGCAGAUCGGGAUGCCUACCAGCGCAGUAACCCUGGCUUCCGCAGCCCUCGCCGGUCCCGCAGCCCUCGCCAAUCCCGCAGCCCUCGGCCCCUCCGGUCCCGUAGCCCUAGCCCCCCCAGUAGAUCUCGUAACCCCCCUCCACCGUCACAGAUUCCUCGCUCGCCGUACAGCGUUGGCAAAGGCGCAGCUCAGGGCAGCGACAGCUUCAGGAGCCGGCGGAUAUCGGACGGGAAGGGCGACAGCCACCAUGUCGACGAGCGGCAGGUUCCGGACAAGCAACCUGACGGAUCAUUCCAAAUCAGCAACCCGACGGGUCCUUCGGGCCGAGCGGGCCUCCAGCCCAGGCCACUUGCUAACAAGUCGGCGGCUGAUAUGGGAGCGCGCCAGGCAGCGCAAACCCUGGACGAGCAUACGGCAAUCCAGACGCGACCUCUCACCGGCCGAGCGCCAAAGUUCGUGUCGGAAUGCCACCCGCCCUGGCAGCAUCAACCGGCACAACAGUUGCCGAGGCUAAGUGACUCACAGGCAACUAGUAGCACAGCGGCCCACCGGUACUGUCCGCAGCAACCGCCGCCAACGCAUAUCACGCAGCUGCACGGCGAUGCUCACUCUGGGUCCACAAAGCCCCAACCGGCGCCCCUGUCGGCUCACAUGCUGCCGGUUGGGGCACGGAACGACCGGUCAGGCGAACCGUUGACAGCCGCCCAGCAGCUUCCUCAGCAGCUAGCGCCCUUGCCGCAGUGGCCCCCACUGCAGCUCUGCACGGAGCCUGGGUCCGAGCCGGUGCAACAGGUGCAGGCUCCCAGUCCCUCGUCUGCAAAUCCUCAAGGACAUGGGAGCUCACCUGCAUCCAAGGGAACGCGGCCGAGGCCUAGCCGCUGGGAUCAGGCGCCGCUUACGUCACAGCCCAAGCCGCGGUUGCAGCAGGAACAGGUGAACCUACAAGCCCUCCAGCCUCCGUGCCAGGAUCAAUCCAAUCAGGUGCAGCGGCUGGAUCAAGCAGGCGAGGCAGCGGUGGCGGGGACAGCCGGUCUGCAUCACAGUGCUGAGAGCGCACGUCCGUUUGCGGCUGCUUGCUCCGUACAGGCUGCUGCUUCGGUACCGGAGGCAUCCGUGCCAAUGACAGUUCCGGUAGUGGGCCUGCCAUCGGCGGAAACGGAUACGGCGGUGACAGCGCGACCGCAGGGCACCUCGGGCGCUAAGGCGCAUAUCGAUGUGACAAAGAAGUUUGGUCGCGGUGUUGGCACGCGAGGUUCACAUGGAUCUUUGCAAAUUCCGAAGUCGCCGCCGCAAACAACCAACUUUGCCGGCGUUGACGCACAAGGCAGCGCAAUUGAAGUUGAAGCACCUGCUGUACCUUCGGGCGCGGCUCCUGGGUCUGGAUCUAAGUCGUCACCAGUCGGGGAUGGACCCCCUGUGCCCGCAACCGGCGCAACUGCAUCGUUGCCGGGGACUUCUGCCGCUGCUAAGCCACCUGUAGAGGUGGAUGCAGCGGCAACGGCUGCUGCCGUUGAGACCUCAACGGCGGUGGUGGAGGUACCCAGGAAUGCCGUGCAGGACGCUCACCCAGCGACAGCAGCUCCUACACCGGAGGCAGCGGCACAUACAACUGCCAAUGACGGCACAGGAGAGGAAGCUUCACUGGCAAGUGACAAGGAUCUGCCUACGAGCACCCGUACGGCCCCCGUCACUGACGUGCCAGCAGGCGCUGACGGAUUAGAUCCCCGCGAUGGACCCAGUUCCGUGCCGGCUGGUGAGGAGGGGGCGGCUGUAGCCAUUGAGGAUGCGGCGGCUCGCGCGUCGAAAGGUCAUGGAGCUAUGCCUGGUACCAGCGGCCCGGCUGAUAACGCUCCAGCCCUCGGGCAGCACACAGACGUUGGGCCACAGCCAGAGACGCAGCCUGCAGCCCAGGCAGCCCCUCGGGCACCCUUGGAGCCAGUACUGGAGGUUAUGGGGGCGGCGGCACCCGUGGAAGGGACGCAGCCCAACCGGGAGGAGGUGCCAGCCACCCAGGAGGCGGCCGGGCUUGCGGGAGAGCCGCAAGCCUCUAUGGAGCCCCGGUUAGACCCCCCAAAUGCGCUGGCAGGGCCCAUGUUGCAGGGUGGCGAGCACAUGGCUGCUGGGGUGGAUGCUGCACACGGCCUAGUGGCGCGUGUUACGACCACCAGCGGUGACCAGGUUGUUGAUGGCGGCAUAGCUGGUGGGAUCGCUGAGGAGCGCGCGCAGGUGCAGUGCAGUGGAGUUGCUCUCCUUGGCAGCAGCGGCGCGGCGGAUGGCGCGCAUGUGGGUGGCAUGGAUCAGGGGCCUUCAGAGCAUGGCGUGGGCAGCGGCGGUGAGGGCGCGGCGCACGAAGCGGACGCCGCAACGGCCGUGUCCGACGGUGACGUUGGUAUACCGGUCUUAGACUUGCGGCUUGACGCUCUUGUGCCAGUUGACCUUACUGCCGGAUCUCCCAACUUGCCGGAUGCGCCCGCUACGGAUCUUGACGCUCCAACCGGAAGAGAGGUGGACUGCCCAACCGCAGCCGAUGCAGCUGCGCAAGCGGACAUUGCCGAUGGCAUCAUAGACCAUGGCGAUGAACCGCAGCAGGGCAUGCAUGAGGCACCGCCGCAGCAGCUGCCGCAAGCUGACAAUCAGCAGGAGCCAGCCUUGCCAGGAGAGUUGGAGGAGCGGCCACUAGUCACAGUGCCGAGCGCAGGCCAGCCACAACAGCCACCUCAGGACUUGCAGCAGCAAACACUGCAAGCAGGGAUGGCGGUGGCUGGGCAAGAGCACGCUCACCUUCAGCCCCGCGAUGACAGCCAAGCACUGACCCUACAUUUGGAAGCCGCGGACCGCGAAGCUGCUGGCGGUGCUAUCCAGCACGGUAUUGCGCUAACCGGCAGCGGCUCAGGCCAACAGCCUGGCGCCGUGCUUUGCGAGCCAGCGGGGCCCAGCAACAACUACGGAAGAGCUGCCGGUGGUGUAGGGCAACAUGCCGGCGGGGUUGGCAUGGACGCCGAUGAGCCUGGAACAGCGGAGCAGCGGGUGGGGAGUCAGCAGGAGGCUGACGAGGACCUUAUACCGAUAGCAGAUAUUGCCGCUGCUCGCAGGAGCAGCGGCGGUGGUGCUGGUGAUGGCGCUGAGAAGGGCGACUCGGACGCAGCUGCUGGACGCUCCGCUGCUGAAGAGCGGCCGCAGCAGGGCCGUCAGAGCAAGCCGGGAAGUCCGGACGGCGCGAGAGGGCGGCGUCGCGGAGAUCCCUGCCUUGCAGGCCUCUCCCUGUCAGACCUUUCCAAGACCGGAUACGCCCAAGGCACGCGCAGGUCCUCAGCGGCUGGAAGGUCGGCACAUGGUGUCACCGGAGCUGAUGCUAGAGCAGUGCAAGCCGACAGGCCGCCUUUGCCACCACCGCUACCAACCGCGCCUCCGGUGGGGAACGCACAGGGCGCGCAGCGGCGUGGAGGUCGGUCGAAUGUAUCAAGCCCGACGGCAUCGGCGGAUGCGGCAGCCGCUGCAACGGGACUUGAUCCUGGGCGGGGAAACGGCGGCAGCAAGCGGCUGCGGUUGUCAGACAGCGGAGCAGCUGCUACUUCUGCAGCCGGCGGCGCCGCGAGAACUGGGCCGCCAAUGCGCUAUCGGUCCGGCGGCGGUGUGGAAGCCCAGGCGGCAGCAGCACCAGAAGCGAGGGCGCCAGGAGGGGUAUCGCCUGAGGCUGCAUCGCUCGGGCGAGAUGGUACCCUUGCCUCACGGCUGCGGUCCCGUGGCGCAGUGUUGUCGGAGCGAGCCUCACCUCCUGGUGAGCCCCGGACGACACAUGCGGGUACUGCUCCUGCUAAGGCAGGUGGGUCAGCCGCCGCGGCUGCGGUGGCGGCGGUUGUUGGUGGCGGUGGCUCGGCGCCGACAGGACGCGGGGAGCUGGGCUCAGCUGCAUGGAGGAGGAACUCACAACCUGCUUCGGAGUUGGUGUCCUCACAGUCACCCUCCAGCGAGGUCAGGCUCAAGAAGAUUGGCAAGGACGUCAGGAUUCCCAUGGACGUGUUGGCGAGGGUCAAGAAGUCUAAGAAGCAGGAGAUUACGAUGAAGGUCUACCUAGACGGGAUUCAUGACGGCACACACAAGAUUAGCCUUGGUAAAGAUGGAAGGAGGUUCUACCUUAGCCAGUCUAGCCCUUUGUGGGUGGCAUAUGACAAGUGGUGUUCUUGGGGCACGGACGAGUCACAGGCGCUGCUCAUGCAUUUGUCAACCACUAACCCUGCCAGCUCGGAGCGUCCGCAAGAUACCGGUACCCGCACACGGUCCGUCAGCGCGCCACCGCGUUCCUUGCAGCAGAGGAGGCAGCCGAGACAGGAGGCGCCUGUGACGGCUGCGGAGGAAGUGGAGCGGCAGCCGCAGCGGCAACAGCAGGGCCCGAGGCAGCUCGCGGAAAAGGCUGGAGGUGAGGAUGCUGCGGAGGCAAACGCGGCGGUUCGCCGCAUGCCAACGAUGGUGUCCGGCAUGGCUUCCACGGCCAACGCGAUGGGACCUGGCGACACGGCAGCUGGUCGUUAUGAAGGCGGUGGCGAUGGUGGUGCCGGUGGUGCGAGGGAUGCGGCGGCUGGCCAGGAGGCUGCACACGCGGAGGCAGCUGCGGCGGGAGGGGCUCCUGAUGUCGCAGCCCGUCGGCAACGUGGUACUGCUGGCCCCGAGUCCUCAACCGGCGGCGGAGGGGCUGCCGCCCUGCUACCUCUCCAGGCCUCUGGAGUACUGCCGCCCGGGCAUCCACCUAUGCCCGGGCAGCCCGCACAGAUGCGGCUGCCCAACCAGCCACCGCCGCCUCUUGCCCUGCUGCCACCGCCGCAGCAGCAACUUCCUGGCGAGCGCUGCCGAGGCGUAUCUCCGGAUGUGCUGGCGGAGGUGCUGGCUGCAUCAGCGGAACUGGCGCAAUCCUGCAGGCUUUCAUCCGGGGAGCCGGAGCAGGCCCCGGGCCUGGGGCAGGCCUCGGCGCAGGAGGCGGCCCGGACGCUGGACCGCGAGCCACAAGAUGUGUCGCCAGGCGUGCAGCAGGGACAGCCCCAUGCAACACGCCAGGAAGGGGCGGCAGCGGGAGCGCUGCAGCGGACGGAACAGCAACAGCAGCCGCAGCGUCAGGAGGAAGGGCAGCAACCGCAGCGUCAGGGGGGCGUCGAGUUGGCUGUAGCUCUGCAGGCGCUGGCGUCGCCGUUUGGCUCACCGCCUGACGAAGCCCUGGGUGCUGCUGCUGCUGCUGCUGAACUGCCUGUUGCGCAGGAGCUGCCGCCCAGCGGUGAGGGUCAGGUGGAUGCAGCGGUGGGGCCACAGGGAGCCUCCGGGACGGGGCAGGUUCCGGCCGAGACACCCGAUACUGGGGUCGCCGCUGCCGCCGCCGCUGGUGCAGCUGCAAAUCCGGUUCCUGCCAUCGCUGCUGCUCCGGAGGAAGCCCCUGGGCGCCCCGCAGCCGCUGUAGCGGCCACCGGAACAGGCAAGCGCGGUAGCGCCAUGGCAUCUGGUUCUGACGGCACCCCAGCGCGCCAGCGACGGAAGGUGAACCCAGCAUCGCCGGCGGCCGCCGCCUUGGUUACCGGUGACGGGGGUGCAGGUACGUCUUCCCAGCCGCAGCCUCAUCCACAACUGCAACCUCAACUGCCGCGUUUGCCUGAGCCAACAGUGCAGGCCAUGUCGUCCGGCAAUGCAAACCACGAAGCGGCUGCCUUUUCGGACGCUUGCGCCGCAACCCGAGCCCCGCUUGACGGUCCUGAUGAUGGCGGCCGGGAGGUCCGACCGGAACAGGUUAAUAUGCCGCCGAGCGAACUGGUGGAGAUGCUGCAGAGGGGCGUUAUGGCCAGCAGGGGAUACGCGGCGGAUGCCCCAGCAAGCAACCUGCCGACGGAGCGGCAGACGGAUGCGCCGUCCGGUGAUCCCCGGCUGCAACGUCUGCCGGCCCCGGCAACUCCGGAGUCGGCAGCGGCGGCAGCGGCUGCGCCGCCGUCGCUAUUGCCGCAACUGCCAAGCCAGGAUCAUGCAUCGCAGCCUGGCCACAUGCAGCCGCCCUACCUGCUUCCGCUUCACGCAGCCCACCCGGCAGGUUUCAUGUUGUUUCCUGGGCCGCCGCUCACUCAAGCCGAGCGUGAGGAGCAACGGCUCCAUGUCCUGACGCUACUUGAUGGGCUACGUAAUGUGGUGAAUGACCCCGCGACGCCGGGGCCUGCCAUGUGCGGUACCCUCAUGGCGUUGUCCAAUGCGCUGUACAUGGCGACAAACCUGAGAGACGCUGCCGUGCAGUUGCAGCAAGCGUCCGGGAUGGCAAGGCUGCCGGCGGCUGGGGCUCAGCCACCGUUUCCUACCCAGCCUGCAGCCACAGCCUCCUCCGCGGAUGCGGGUGUGCCAGCGCUGCCGCCGCCGGCGCCGCCGGGGCCACCUGCCGCUGCCGCGGAGGCUGUGGUUGAGGGCCUGCCCGCAUUAGCGCCCGCUCCCGCAGCGCAGUCGGUGGCACUCCUGCCGGCGCCACCCCCUUCGCAGCAGUCCGCAGCUGCGCAUACCGCAGUUGCGCACAGGGCUCUAGCGGUGCUCCCUCCUGAGGCGGCGGCGGCGGCGACGGCAGCAGGGUCUGCGCCGCCUGGAGAAACCUCGGGCAUGGCUGCAGCUGCCGCAGUUGCGCCGGCCUCGGUCCUGCACGGGUCCUCGGAUGCAGCUCAGCAGCCAUCUGCGUUGGCUGCUGGGGAUGCUGCGGGGCAGCCACCCGGGCCGCGUUACAUUCCGUUGGCCGCACCCAUGCAACUGGAACAGGCUGAGCGGGGUGGGCAGCAGCAGGAACCGCAACAACAGGAGCAGCAGCAGCAGCGGCAAUGUGUCGUGCAGCUCCCUACGCAGCAGCAGCAGCGGCCCGUAUCCUCCCUGCCCCUAGCUGGCACACAGGCCACCAGUGCGGCGCCAGGGCUUCCGCCUGCGCUUGCCGGUCGGGUAGGCGUCGCAGGCAACAUGGCGCAGUGCCCCCGGCUUGUACGACAUGGAAGCCAGUCGCCAGUGGGCGAAAUGCGCAUCAACUUGCCGGAGGGCAUCCCCAACCGUCCGCCUGCGGCUGCUUUAGCUGAAGAUGGACGUGCCAAAAGGGAGCAGCAGCAGCAACAGCAACAGCGGGAGCAGGCGGCGGAGCCCACACGGAGGACUUCCACCCGCGCAGCUGCCACAAAGGCCCAAGAGAAUUACCGGAAAGCCUUAAAUAUUGCACACUCCGUGGCGGCAGGAACACAGGAACAGCACCAACAACAGCAGGGGCCGCAGCAGGAGCGCAUUGGACCGCCUCCGCCGCCACAGCAGCAGCAUGUUGAGGCGCCAACUGCACGUUGCGCCGCUAGAGCGCACCGCAAGAGGGAAGGCGGCCCUGGUUCCUUAUCGGGAUCGCCUGAGCCCUCCCCUGGCUUCGCCGCACCCACGGCAGCAGCGCUUCGAGGCAGCAGGAGCCCUCCUCCCCCGCCAGCCGCUGUCGCCGCACGCCGGCACAGCGAAGGCGGCAUGGCGGCGGGGGCAAGGAAUGUAAGCGGCAAGCUCGCCGCAGCCGCGCAUGCGCAUGGGGCCCAGCCGCCCGCAAAGCGUGCUCGCCAUAGCAUUGCCUCCGCGCAAGCAGGGCCGUCGGCUGAUGGUGCUGCUGCUACUGCUGCCGGGCGGGCUUCGAAGCAGUCGCGGCCGCUUGCUGCACCGCCUGAUGUGCGCCGGAAGGGCCAUGUGAGCGGUUGGGAGCAGCAGCUAGGGCACGUGGAGGAGACGGCGGUGGUGGACGAGGAGGAGGCGUCGAGGUCUUUUUUUCGCAACGGCCACUGGUACCCAAAAUUCAAGCUUCCUGGCUCCCGUCCCUCUGAUGAGCAACUGUAUAGGCUGGACGGCAAGCCCUGGGAGCCUCCUUCCCUGCCGCUCUACUACGGCAUGCGUGAGGGCAUCGAGCCCGGCCUGCAGCUCUUCACGCUCAAGGACCACAACCGAAUCUUCGAGCCCAAGGAGAAACCUGGCGGCGGCCGCAGCAGCGCAGAUGCCCCCACGCCUGGUGAGGUGGCGGCGCGGGCUGCCGAGCUGUCGGUGACGGGCACGUGCCACGUGUGCGGCGGGACCUUUCUGGUGGCCUCGUGCGAGUGGUGUGGCCAGGCGACGGUGUGCGAGAGCUGCUACCAGCAGCACCACAGUCGCGACUACACGUACAAGGAGCUCAUCCACAAGUGCGCCAGCUGCCGCGGCUGCUGCUGCUGCGACCGGAAGGUGUGCGGAGGGGUGAAGCACCGGCCCCGCGUGCGGCGCCUGAGAACCACCCUGGAGCUCAGAAAGGAGUUUGCGGAACAUGCGUUGCGGUACGCCACCCGGUCUUCACCUGGCAGCGACGGCGGUGGCAGCAGCAACCCCGCCGCCGCCGCCUCGAACCUGAACGGCCCUACCAUCGGACGCACCAGUAACGUGGCCGGCAGUGCAGCUGCUGCUGGUGCUGGUACUGCCUCUUCUGCCGCUGCUGCUGCUGCUGGCGGUACCGCCGCUGCUGCUGCGGGCGUGCUGAGCCUGAGGGACUACCUGGAGAUGGAGGCCGCGGAGUUGCGGGCGGUGGCGGCUGCGGGGGGCAGGGAGGCGGAUGUGCUGCUAGUGGACAUGGACAACAGCCAGGCGCUGUGCGACUUCUGCGCCACCUCCAUGGCGGGCAUGCACAGAUACUGCAAACAAUGCAAGAAGGACUUCUGUCUCGAGUGCUGCAGCCUCGCCAGGAGCCAGGCGCGGGGCGGCGCAGCGUCUGCAGCUGUAACCAUUUCCACCUUCGCAGCAACAGCAGCAGCAGCUGCGGGCCGAGGUGGCGCCGCAGGUGGCUUCGCAGGCAGGGGCCGGGCCGGGCCCGGGGGCGGCGGCGGGGGGCGUGGCGCGCCCUGCCCUAUCCUCGAGUGCGGGCGCCCCACCCAGCUGCGGACGCACCUGAGCAAGAGCUUCAUGGGGGUGCUGCAAAAGGCAGUCCUGCGGUACGGCUCCACCGCCGACCCCAGCUCCUCCUCCCUGGGCUACUGGGACCCGCACCUGGUGGUCAUGUCGUAUGCCAAGCUCAGUCCGGAGGUGUUCGGCGGGCCCGAGGCGGCAGCCAGGGCGGCAGGGAGCGCCAGGGAAGCCAGGGAGCAGCUGCUGCAGCGCAGGGAGCAGGCGGAGGCAGCAGCGGCGGGGGCUGGGGUGGCAGAGGAGGAGGAGGAGGAUCUGAUUGUGGCUGCGGGCAUCCCCCGCUACGUGCCCGGCACCCCGCUCCCCCCCGGCUACGUGGCCGCCUGGGGGCGCUACGUGCUGCCCGCGGAGGACGUGCGUCUCGGCUGGGAGGGAGACGAGCUGGAGAGGCCUCCACUUCCAGAACACGCCCUAACCCUACAGUCCGCAUCCCAGGACCAGGCUGCAGGCCCCUCCUCCUCUCUGGCACCCGUGCCGCUGCCACUCGCCUCCUCGCAUCCCCGUCACACGCGGCACAUCUUCACCCCGCACUACGACUCGCUGCAGCCAAGCAGCCCACGCUUCGUGCCGUACUGCCUGCUGGCGCAGCAGCGACUGGCGCGCUCGGAGCCGCUGGUGGUGCGGGAGUGCCGGGGAAGCAGUCCGGAGAUCUGGCAGCCGGAGAACUUCCGUGAUGCGGUGCGGCGGGGCCUGGCGGGCAGCAAGGGGGGCGCAGGUGACGGCGGCGGCAGCAGCAGCAGCCCUGGCAGCGACAGCGGUGGCGGUGGUGGGCUGGACGAGCUGUACGACUGCGCUGACAGCUUCCGCAAGGUGGAGGACAUCAGCGAGGAGCGCUUCUUCGAGCUGUAUGCGCAGCCGUACGACCCCGACCGCCAGCCGCACAUGUUGAAGCUGAAGGACUACCCGCGCAAGAAGCACUUCCGGGCGGUGCUGCCGCAGCACUACGAGGACUUUGUGUGCCAGCUGCCGCUGCCCUGGCUGACCCGCCCCGACGAGGCGCCGCUCAACCUGGCCACCUGCCUGCCGCCCUGGGCCAACCAAACCGACCUGGGUCCCAAGGCCUACAUCGCAUUCGGCACACCCGAGGAGUGGGAGGGCAGCGAGGAGCGCGACUCCGUGACCAAGCUGCACAUCGACAUGAGCGACGCACUCAACCUCAUGAACCACGUGCAGCCGCACCCGCAGCAGCGGGGGCAGCAGCAGCAGCGGGCGGUGCGGAGGGGCAACGAGCCGCCGCAGAAGCCAGGGUACGGAGGCGCGGGUGCCGUGUGGGACAUCUACUCGCCCGGGGACACAGACAACCUCAGGAGCUACAUGCGAUCCCAUGCAGCUGAGUUCGUACACCAGGGGGAGCAGCUGGAGGCGGGCAGGAUCCACGACCCCGUGCUGGAUCAGACCUUCUACCUCAACCGCACGCACCGAGAGCGGCUCUGGCGGGACCACCGGGUUACCUCCUGGCACUUUGAGCAGUACGAGCACGAGGCGGUGUUCAUCCCCGCGGGCUGCGCGCACCAGGUCCGCAACCUCACCAGCUGCAUCAAGACCGCCAUUGACUUCGUGUCCCCCCAGGCGGUGCGCGAGUCGCUGCGCAUGGUGGCGGCGCUGCGGCGGCUGCCCCGCGACCCGCAGCACUGCGACUACGACGCGCUGGCAGACGACCGGAGCGACAAGCUGCAGGGUCUGCUGGUGUUGUUCGGGGCGGUGGUGGAGCACUACCGCACCCGCCACCCGGGGGACUUCGUGGCGGCAAGGAAGCCGGCGGAGCCCCCCAACCCGACUGCAGCCGCAGCAGCAGCCGCGGAGGCAUCUGCCAGGCGGCCGAGGGGACCAACCCGGGGAGGGGGAGGAGGAGGAGCAGGGGGCAGGCCUCGGAAUAGCAGCCGGGGCGGUCGGGCGCGGAUGAAGCAGGAUGAGGAUGGCGGUGGGGAGAGCGAGGAGGAGGAGGAGGAGAGUAGCGAGGCUGAGGAGGAGGGGGUCGUCAUGCGCGAUGGGGUGCAGGAGGCGAGGCGGCAGAGUACCUCUUCCUCUCGCGGCACCGGCCGCAAGCGGACUGCGGCGACUGUGGUGGACAGAGGUGCUGGCGGCAGGGGAGGAAGGGCAGUGGGAGCGGGAGCGGCAGCGGUGGCAGGGAGGGGUGGCGGCGGGUUGGGUCGUGGCGGCGGGGAGGCGUCUGGCAGGCGGGGCCGCCGGGUGGUGCACCUGCAGGAGGAUGACGAGGAGGAGUGAAGGAGGGGUGAAGGCGGGCGGGCGGGAUUUGCGAGAAGAGGGCGGGAGGGGAUCUGUGAGGCUGCGCUGCGUGCUGUGGCGGGUGUACAGGGGGGACAGCGCGGCACGGUGUGGCUCGCAUGCGGGCAGUUGUAUGGGUAGCAGCCAGCCACCUUGGGAGGCGGCGCUGGGGGACAUCGUGAUUGCUUGGCAUGAUGCGUUGUGUUCUUGCAGGGUUGCAAGGUAGAGAGAGGGUUUGGACGUCUUGUUUGUUUUACAGGGGCGAGUUGUCGUAGCAGUCGUGGUGGCGGUUGUAGCAGUAUACCGGCAGCAACACACUGCAGUUGGUUUUGAUACGCUUGCUUCACAUUUGGGUUGCCGGAUGAUGCGUUAGCGGGUUUGUGGGUUCAAGGUAACGGGCGGGGGUUGUUUGUUGCCAAGGAGGGGUUGGGAGGACUGGUUAAGCAUGCUGUCCAGAGCGACAGAGCGAGGCCAGACCGACAUGACUCGUUGUCCUGCUUCCCUUGCUGAAUACCAUACACCGACUAAAGAGAGUUGCCUGUCUUACGAGAUACGGGGGCAUUGCAUGUGUGAUUAGAAACAUUGCGUGUUGGCAUUGUAAUAGGAGGUCCUAAGACCGGGCAUGCCGUACAGUUAAGCGCUGCUCUGUGUUGAGUUUCGCAAGGGACGACUUAACAACACCUUACCGACAGAAGGGGGGGACUUUUGUUUGGAUUGCGUUGCUCACGGGUCCCAAUGUGCUGCUGCAUCCUUGCAUUCUUGCGUAAUGCUAUUGCUGGUUAGCUGUAUCAUGGACCGUAUAAUGGUUCUUCACUGUUGACCGAGUCGUGGAUGGUAUGGCUCUGCUAGGGGAGGGGCUCGUCAUUGUUUGCGCCAUUUGGUAUCAUGGUUGACGUGCACUGGGGUUCUGAAACUGCUGAGCCAUGACAUCCUGGCGGUCUUUGUUGCACGGCGAUGUUGUAAGUCAUGCUUGCGCUCGAUGGGGUCUCCCCAUCGCAAUCUGGCGUCA